CCGCGCUCUCGUGCACGCAGCAGCAGCUCAAGUGCCAGUUUCCGUUUUGUUUCCUGAUUAUUGCUAGUCCUCGGACCGGGCAGGCGGGGGUUUCUGCAGCGGAGAAACGUGGAAUUUGGCCGAACGGCGCUUUUUGAGUCUUCAGCUCCGGGUAACAGUGACAGCUUUACUACAUCUGCCAGCGUUAUAAUCCAAAGCAGUGUAGCAAUGGAAGCUGAACAGAAUCAGGAAGUUCCAGAGACCGUUGCUGAGACGCAGGAAGUGGCAGCACAGCAAGAGGAGAAAUCAGAGCCCAAGUCCGAAGAGGCGCCUCAGGCUCCUUCAGAAGCGGCAGCAGAUCCUCCAGCAGCGACCCCCGAACCGGAGAAGCCCCAAGAGACGGCGCCUUCUGCUGAGGAACAGCAGAAAGCAACAGAAUCUGAAGCGCCUCCAGCCAAACCCUCUGAACCCGAGGUAAAAUCUCCCGAGGAUUCCGCUGAAAAAAACCCUGAGCCUGAACAGCAGCAGAAGUCGUCCGAGGAGCCAUCGCUUCAAGUCAAUUCUGAGCCCGAGAAGCAGGAGGAGGAAGCUGUGAAAGAGGUGGAGUCUAAGAAAGAGGAGGAGCCUGUCAAAGAGGCGGAGUCCAAACCUGCUGCUGUGAAUGAAGCAAAGCCAGAGGAGUCUGAGAAAAGUGAGGAGACGAAAACAGAAGGAGAAAAGGUACAAGCACCUGAGGCUGAUGGAGUUCAAGCUGGGCCUCCAAAAGAGGCCGAACCUGAGGAGAAAAAGCCGGAGCUGCCACUCUUUUAUGGCUGGUUCCUGCUUAAAGAGGAAGAGGAGCGAAUUAAGUGUGCAACCAUGGACUUCCUAAAGACGCUGGAUACUUUGGAGGCCUUCAAAGAACACAUAAGUGAAUUUACCGGUGAGGCAAAUAAAGAGGUGGAUCUUGAGCAGUAUUUCCAGAACUUGCUGCCGCUCCACUGCACUACAAAGUUCUGUGACUACGGCAAAGCAGAAGGGGCUAAAGAGUACGCAGAGUUGCAGGUGGUCAAGGAAGCGACUGGCAAGUCUGAUGAGCUCUCGGUCACCGCUCUCAUUGUGACCCCUCGUACAUUCGGGGCGCGUGUGGCUCUGACCGAAACCCAGCUGAAUCUGUGGCCUGAGGGAGAGGAUAAAGUUGGGGUUCCUCCAACCCUCUUACCCGGUGUAGAGUCUCUACCGGCAGGCAAUCGUGCCCACGUCACGUUAGGCUGCUCUGCUGGCGUGGAGGCGGUUCAGACCGGUCUGGAUCUGCUGGAGAUCCUGGUUCUUCAGAAGGAGGGUAAGGAGGGCACUCAGGUGGAGAUGGAGAUGGGCACUUUGUCCUACCUGAGCGAGGGCCGCUGGUACCUUACCUUGAGGGAAGCCAUUACCGCAGACACCACCUUCUCUAGCUUCUCUGAAGACAAGCCCGUCAGCGACCAGGGCAAAAAGGAUGGAGAGAAGAAAAAGAAAAAGUGUACCAUUCUGUGAGCUGAAAGCACGAGGAGAAGAGAGGGUGAAGGAGACAUUUUUUCCUAAGGGCUCCGGCCUGCGGUUGUCUGAGGCUGAUGUUGUGUUUUUGCAUGUGUGUAGGUGGAUUUGCGUGUUUCGCAGCUUUAAUGUGUGCACAGGGAUGGAUGGGGAUGAUUUGGCUGGCAGUGUGAAACCAAAGCGGCCUGCUGGCUUUCUCUUUAGCUGGUGCCUUUUUUUUUUUUUGGUUUGUUUUCUCCCCUUUUUGCCUGGCAACACAAGCCCAGAGGCCUUUGUAUCUGCCUUAAGGUCAUGGAUCACUUUGCUGGAAAGUUCACUCUGCUAUAGGUGCUAGUUCACACACACCACCAUCCCUGUUCCCUUUACACAGGUGCGUUCACUGUCAGUCUUCCUCAUUCAUGUACAACACUUUUUAGCACAACUUUAACUGAUUUGUACUCCGUGCCUGUUCGCUGCUUGUUGAUGCAGGCUUUAAAGGGAUAGUUCACCCAAAAUUGAGAAUUCUGCCAUUUACUCAUCCUUCAGUUAAUUGACUUUUUUUUUUUUUUGUAUGCAAAAUCUUUCCAAAAAAUGUUGAAAAACUCUAACCAUCGCCUUUCAUAGCAUGUUUUUUCUGCACUGCUAUAAAAGUGGAUGGUUACAGGUUUCUAACAUUUGUGUUUAACAGAAAAAGGAAAUACGCAAAGGUUUGGAGCCAUUCGAUGGUGAGUAAAUGUACGUUUUUUUGGCUGAACUUUUCAUUUAACUUGCCACUGAGGGGAAAAAUAAGCAUUGGCAAGGCGGUUUGGUAUGGAGUAUGAAUCUGUUAGACUAGUAUGUGAUUCUUCAGUGUCCCUCUCUUUCUCCAGCCAUUGUGGAGCUGGUAUUUUCCAUGAAUUUAUGCUGCACCUUUGUUCAAGUCUCACCAAUAGUGAUCUGUUUAGUGUGUAUGUGUGCAUGACUGUUGGCAAAAAGAGAAAAAUUCCAAAAAACAAUUCUUACAAUCACUCAAUAGGUUUUCUUUUUUAUUAUUAAGACUACAUAGCUACUCUGUGACAUGUUUUUAGGCUGAAGCGUGUGUUUGUGUAUGAAAGAGAAUGAUCUCUCGUCUGUCUUACCGUUUACAGUGUUGCUCAAACCAUCUACAGUUCAUUAUCAUAUUAGCAUAAAACAUGCCUAUUCUGCUCUUCAUUACGUGUACGAUCUGCUCUUUCAGAAAUCCAGUAUAUUCACAUGUGAUAGUACAUUUACUCUCUCUCCAUGUCUGUCUCAAUCAUAUCAGUUUUGAGAAAAUGUGCACUCUAAAUACUGUGACAAGCAUCUGUCUGGUGCCUUCCUCUUCUGUAGGUUUCUAGAUGGCCGAAGCCAUGCUUCUCGUAGCUCUGACAUCAAGGCACUAAUUUUUUUGCACUUACCUUGUUUUUCAUUUUGUUUUUGUACACUUAAUAAAGAAUGUGCUUGGCUCUGACGAA